UAACAAGUUGAAGGGACAUCAGUAGAAACCACGCCAUUUGCUGGAAGGAAUUUUAGUUUGUGUGAUGUGCGGUAACUAAAUAUUACAUAAAUUUGUUUUCAAAGGGUUUUUGACAAGCAUCAACAAAUAGACCUCAUUCACGUUGAGUAAUGGCUUCUGAACAACAAUUUUGCCUGAGAUGGAACAAUCACCAAAGUACAUUAGUUUCCGUUUUCGACACACUUCUGGAAAGUGGAACGCUAGUCGAUUGCACUCUAGCUGCAGAAGGGCAAUAUUUGAAAGCCCACAAAGUGGUUUUGUCGGCAUGCAGUCCAUAUUUUGAGCUGUUGCUGAGUCAGCACUACGAGAAACAUCCGAUAAUCAUCUUGAAGGAUGUAAAAUUUCAAGAACUGAAAGCCAUGAUGGACUAUAUGUACAGGGGUGAAGUCAAUAUAUCUCAGGACCAAUUGGGUGCUUUGCUCAAGGCGGCAGAAUCUUUACAAAUAAAAGGCUUAUCAGACAGCGGAGGAGGAGGAACAGAAAAGGAAGAGCCUGCAGAAAAGUACGUAGAGGACAAGAAGCCUGUUACCGCACCUGUUCGAACCUCUCAGUCCGCAGCCCACAAUUCAGGAUUGACCAUCGAGCGCAGGCGGUCUGCUCCUGUCGACAGCACGGAAGAUGAUUCGCAGCCCUUGCCAAAGGGAAUGUCAUCGAGGGAAGGUAGUUCUUCCCCUGUCCCGAGGAAACGCAAGAAGCAACGUCGUAGGUCCAGUGGGGGGGAGGCGGGUGGGGAGAGUAACGCGCUGCAGGACAGUCACGACCAAACGAGUAGUUCUUCCGAACGUAGUCAGCCAGUUCCUAAUAUGAGUCAGAGUUUGCCUGCAUCCAUUGCCACAGUUCCCUCAUCUGUGAAAUCCUCUGGAGAGACAGACCAGAAACUCGUCAACGCGGAAGUUUUCCCAACGCGAACAUCUCAUUCGCAGCCAUCUAUUCCCCGUGAACCUGACGUAGUGCAAAAAGUGGAGCCACCGGCGGAAGUAUUACUGGAGCCAAAGGCAGAGUACCUGGAUGAAGAUGUUAACGAAGAUAGUGUCGAGGACUUGACUCUAGACGAUGACGAUGACUUGGAUAUGUCUAUGGACCAUGCCCAACCUGGCCCAUCGCAUGGUGGUGAAGGCUCCAGUCAGGGUUAUGCUCCGUGGCACAUCGGGGAUCAGUCGAGGGACGAAGUAUUUAUGGCUGCUCAGGAAGCAGUUGGGGCCCAUCGUGAUUCGCAAGUGGACUCGAAACUUCCACAGCUCGGCGUGAGGAUGGCGUACCAAAAUAAUCACUAUCACGUGUGUUUGUUGUGUGGGCAAAUCUUUGAGCGGCGCCUACUCUUGAAGCACGUUCGUUACGAGUGUGACGCUGCUAAAAAGUGAAGAUUCCGAAUUGCAGUAAGAAAAUUAAUUUAUGAACAAACUUGCGAUUGUUUCUUGUCCCCUCCAGUGAGUAGUGAGUGGUAUUUCUCCUCCAACUGGACAAUUUAAUAUUUAUGAAUAUUUGCCCCUAGAAUAAGGAUUCUUGUUAGUACAGUAUUAUGGUUUUGCUGUUGUAUUGUAUCUUUAAAUUUUCCCUAAAUUAGUGAUAAUUUUCAGUAUUUCUGGGGAAUAAUGAGAUCCCCUACAGCAUUCUGUAAUAUGUUUCUUACAAAAUUAGUGAUGUCUUACUUAAAUGAUUUAUGUACUGUGCCUGCGAUAACAGAAUAUAAAGUAUACAACCCACAAGUCAAGCAGAUUGACAGAAAAUAUUGAAAGUAUAAUUAUUUUGUACUUGAGUAUUUUUCUUACCAUUGUGUGUAAAUGCUAUAGGUAUCUCAUAAUGUAGACAGAAAGCAAGAACCUGUGCUUCUGUUUUGGCUGUCCAAACAAUAUUUUGUAAAUUAAUUGUUAAAGUCUAAUUAUAAAAUUGUGUUUGGAGAUAAUAUUUAUGUAUAAUUUACAAGUACAAUUCUAAUUUCAUUUUUUUAAAAAUUAAAUAAUUCAUUCUUUACUUAUGUUAUUACAUGACCAGAUUUCAAAACACUGGGUUCAUUAUAUGCAGUAACUAACAUAAAGAUUGCUCAUUUUACCUGCUUGGCUUCCUGCCUUAAAUUAAACAGAUAGAACGUAGUUCAAAUUCAGAAGUUGUGUACUGUUCGUGCUAAAAUGUAAAUUUAGUAAUGCAACAUGAAUAUUUUGCCAAACAAGCAUGUUUAACAAUGUGUAGGGUGCUUGAUUUGAAUAAAAAUAAUCAGAAUGAUCAAAAUCAGAACCUAACACUGCGUGGACUUAGUGGUCAAUGUGGUUUAGUUGACAUUUUUGUGUUGACAAGGAGAUGAGAUAUUUAAAAAAAAUAUUACUAUUUUAAUCAAUAAGGAUUUCUUUGGUUAGAUAAUACCAUAGGAAGCAAUAAUAAUUAGUGAUUAACAUUAGGUUUGUUUGAAAAUUAAGUAGUACAAUCAAUAUACAAACCUUUGGAACAUUAAUUUUUGAUUUUGAUAAAUUUUCUUAAUGAUCAUCAAUGAAUCAAUAGUUAUUGAGUAAAAUGAAUAUUUGAGUGCCCAAUAAACAUUAAUUUGGUUUACAUAAAAUACUGGUUGGGGGUCCUAUUUCCUUCUUAUGAUAAAAUAGUAAUUAAACUAGUUUUUAAUGUUUUUUUGUGUUAACCACUGUAAUAGCAUGAUGAAGUAGAACACAAAGUGCUCUAGAAAAUAAAAUAAUCAAAUGUUGGACAAUAAAAUACAUCAUUGAAUGACCUCAAAUGGCCUCGAGUGUUGACUUUGAAUAUUCAGUGUCAUUGAGAAUGAUUGCCGUGAUUCUAAAGUGAUAUUGUCAAAGUGUAGUUAAUGUAUAUACAUGUGUGGCAUCUUAAAAUAUUCAGAAAAGAAUAGAAUUAUAGAAUUAAGAAGUUAGAAUUAGUUCACUUCGAUAUUUGCACCGAAUCAGCUCUGGUGAUGUCUAGACGAUUUUCGAUCACCUGCCAUGUCUCCUGAAUCAAGUACAUAUUUACAGUUGCAAUUUCUGCAGUGCCCCUCUUUCCCAAGGUGCUGGAUGUUUGUUAUGUUUUUAAUGUAGGAAUGAGAUGUUUCCAAUGUAUCCUCACAGAAAAGAGUAAAGUUGUGUGUGAUCUUAAGCGACUGUGAGGCUUAAAACAACCCGUGUGCGGGGAGCGGAAGAGGAGCUUGAAGACUACUCUGUUCACUUCCGUGUGGCACGGUGCAGACUCACUUUGUGUUGUGGUACGCCGAACUGAAAUUGGUUGUCACACAGUGCAAUGGAAGUGGCAACGUUUGUAUCCACAAGAAAAAAACUUAAGACAGAGAUAUGAAUCUGUGGUUGUAACAGUUGCAAGGCACUGAGGAAAGAAAUUCUUUUUCUGACCAAAAACAACGGGGGAAUAAGUGGAACACUUAUGCCAAUUCUGCUCAAGAAAUCAACUAGCAGAAGUUAAGCAUUAGGAAUUCGAAAAAUUCAACAUGUUUGCACAAAUCGUUGAAGCUCUUUGCUUUCUUUCAGCUGCUGCAUGAAAUUAAACCAAACGACAGACGGCGUAGUUUUUUUAUUUAUUAAGAACUGAUUCAGCCACAGAUUUAUAGCAUUGUCUCCUGGAGGUUAAUCUCGUGGAUGCAAACAUCGCCACUUAUGUUGCACUGCGACACCCAAUUUAUGUUUGGUGUACUACAACAUAAACUGAGACUUUGUGAAUGAAUCACAUGUUGCCACGCGCCACCUCACGCUGGUCUUGCAGCCCCACUCUCAAUCCCCGAGCAUAUGGGCUUAGGCUUCACUGUCACACUGUCUUUUCUGUGGGAAUACAUUAGAAACAUGGCGUACACAUCCAGCACCUUAAAGACAGGGCUGCAGCAAUUGCCACUGCGAACACGAUUCAGAAUACAUGGUAGAUUGAAGAUCGUCCAGAUAGAUUUUUAUCGAGCUAACAUAGCACCCACAUAAAAGUUUGCUAGGCUAAUUCUAAAACUUCAUUCUCAAUGACCCUAACAUCUUGAAAUGUAGGGGAAUCCUGGACUUAAAGGGAAUUACAAAUAAUAGUCUCAGUUAUAUGAAUUUAAAUUUGUCAACACGCUUGUAUACGAAGCGACUUUGAUAGAUUGUAACAUAAUAAUUAUAAAAGAGAUUAAAUAUAAGACAAUAAAUAACUUAAAAUUACUUCAAAAUUAGUUCAAAAAUGGCCAACCUCAUACAUGAAACAAUACUUAUGUUUCAUUUCAGUCUUAUAAAAAAAUUCAUAUACAUUUGUAUAUAAAUAUGCUGAACUAAUUUUUAAGUCAUUAGAUUUGGGUUUUAAUAUUUGAGAUGCCCUUUAUUCCCGCUUUCCUUUAAUUUGAAGUUGUAUUAAAUUUAAAUCAUCUUGCAAUGAGAUAGAUUGAAGUCUUCUUUAAUCUGAGGUUUUCUUGUGUUCAAGGUACAUUUGAGAUCAUCUUAAAAGGACAUGCUAAACUCUAGGGUAUCUUACAUCAUACAACCAGAUAGAAAUAGUUAAUAUCUGAUAAAAAUAUUUGUAAUAGAAUAACAAAUGAAAGAGUAAAAUGCAGUAAAAAUUAAACUUAUCAACUUUACGUGUGAGACAGCCUUAACUAUUGAAUGUGGUGGUAUUUGCUCACAUUAAAUAGUUUCCUCUAUCACUAUUUACUACAUUCAAAAAUUUGAAAUUUGCAAAGAUUCAUUAUAAUUUACAGCAGGAGUAAAAUGAAAUGAACUCUAAUUGGGUUAGAUGCAGUGUUGUUACUUUGUAACAACCCAUAUUACAGCCUUCCUCAUGCAAUCCAGUAAUAAUCUUUUGUUAUAAAUUUUUUUUGUCAAAUUUCAGGUUAGGUUUUCAAAUGAUUUAAAGUUUUUACCUUUUUCAAAGUUAUUAUGAAAAUAUUUCACCGGGUUUAUUGUUUUUAUUUUUAAAAUUCAUAAGUUUAUUUUCUCGUAAUUUUCUUUUGCUGGCGUCCUUGUGUGGGAAGGUGUGCUGACGUAAUUCUCCUUCGUUUUUCCACGACCGAGGCUUUGUUUCACACGCUAGGCGUGUGAGUCACGGUCACGGGAGUGUGAGAAAGAGACAAAAUCGCUGCGUCGUGGGAACAGAAGUAAGCAUUUCGUGGACGCUUCUGUUGCCAUGCGCUGUGAUUGACUGCAAAUUACGUCAGCGAGCCCAGGACACUGCCCGCACAAGGGAGAGGAAAGCUGUAAGAUCAGUGAUUGUCCGAGCACCGGGCCGAGCGAUCAUUGUUCGAGCGGCGGGCCAAGCAGGCCGUGGCGGGCGAUGGCUCCGGGUUUUAUCUUCUUUUUAAUGUACAUUUAAUUUUUAUUUGUUCUGUUGCGCAAAAUAUUUUGUGAUUUUUAAAUGAAUAAUUAAAACCAGGUAGUACAUCGAACAUUGUUUAUUAAUUUUUUCUUUCUUCGUGACCUGCAACCUGUAUGUUCCACUCUUCACCUAAUUUGAGCUAGUCGAAGGUGGUGGGUGGUAACAACUUCUGAGGUCAAGAACUUGUGUUGGAAGGAAUGCAGGUUCAACUCUGUACAGACCAAAUAGGUUUUAUCUUCUAUCUGUGUGAGCAUAUGCAUUGACUGGUUUAUGCAAUGAUGGUUAUUGUAUUUAUGUUAGGCUAAUGCACUGAGCCUCCAGUGGCACAAACACGCAUGAAUAGGUAUGCGGGUGCUAACAGCUGUCUGAAUGUUGCAUUGACAUCAAUACCACCGUAGCAGCACACAGCAGUCUCGUGUGCUGCCGUGUUUCGCUUGGUUCAUAUAGUCAUGCACUUGUUGCAGUUGCUCUAGUCUUUAUUAUGUAAAUACCAUCUUAGCUUGGGAUCAUGUUAACAGGCAUACAAAAACCUUGGGUUAUGAAUGACACACACAGUGUUUUACUUCACUGCCCACGAUAAGAUGUCUCCCUUACUAACAUUAGUCUUGAUUUUUUUUUGUUAUUAUUGCAACUCUCUUCAAUCACACUGCAAAUUGACACAGUUUAGCUUGAACACAUGAUUUAUGAUCAGUAGUUGGCAACAUAUUCAACAUUUAUGUACACUAAGUAACAGAUAUUUACUUCGUCACACUUACCCUUUUUACCUUGGGCACAGUGUGACAAUUUAAGCACAUGACGAGAUGCAGUUUUAAAACUUUUUAUUAAAUUUAAAAAAUACUGUAAAUUUCUUAAAUGGCAGUUGACCUAAGCUGGGUCUGUCGAGACUUGUCCUCCAAAAUAAACAAAAGGGAACUAACUGCAAUUUCAUACAAAGGAAGCUAGAGUUGACACCAAUAAUUAUGUUUACUUGUAAUUAUUUAAAAGUUUUAUAUAGCUAAAAUACCAUACUUAAAAUUAAACCACAUUAUGAAUUUAAGUUGGCCAACUUUCAUAAAAUAUUUAUAUCCGUACACAGACAUAUUACUAUUUUACUCUACAAUUUAAUUUUUCAUUUUACAGAAAUUACCAAAAUAGUUACAAUUGAAUAUUAAUGUAAAAACUUUUCCUGGACCUUGGCAUUAUAUUCUAAUCUUUGCUUGAGACGUGAAACAGAUGUGUUGUUUGCAAAUGUAAAUCCUUUAUUUAAUAUAAUAUUUGAGCAUUAGUAGAAAAUUGACAUAAAUCACAUAAAUUAUGACACAUUUGUGAAAAUUUUAGCUGUCCGAGCAAAAACUUACGCCGAGAACAGUCGAAUGCUCCCCUGAUGCUUCGAGCGCAGGGAACACUGCUAUUGUGGAUUACACAAAUAUCAUACUUGAAUAGGUGCGGGCUGUACACUCCAGGUUAAACCCAGCUCGUUUUCCGAAGCUGGUAUGCAGGGUUCUCAAAAUAGAGAACACAGGAUAAACACAGGCUGCAAAAAAAUGAGUGGCCAGCUCAAAAUAAUAUCAGCGGGGAUCAUUCUCCGAAAACACUUGUUAUAAACAGGAACCACGGUGCUUAUUCCAUCACACACAGAAACAUUGCAGAAAUUCAUCAUAGCGACAGUAGAACACUAGAUAUCGACAGCUCUUGGCUGGCUGAUGACCCUCCCCUUCUCGCACUCUGACCCGCCUCACGCGGCUGUUAAAGUAAACACAAAUAACAAUGUCUCAACUAUUACUGCCUUUAAACACCAGGCAUGUUACCUUCUAUCAGUUUAUAUGCCAUCUUUACAUAUAUGUACAACAAAUUAAAUUUAUGUAAAACCAAAUAACAUAAACAGACAAAAUAUUUAAAAAUUAAAAAAAAAAAAUUCAACAAAUCCUUCAUACCAACUGUACCAAAAGACGUAUUAAUUUCCCAUUUUGGCGUGUACAUUUUCUAACCACUCUAACAUUUUUUUCCCCAGCAUAAAACCUAUAAACAUAUUUUGUAAUUAUUGUUAAAUUAACUGUGUUCAAGAUGGUAUCUCUUUAAUUUAAAAGCCCUUAAAAAUAUUCAUACAAAAGACCCUGGUUUGGGACACAAAUUUUUAUUUUAUUUAAAUAUUCAUAUUUCACAAAUAAAUACUUUAUUUGUUUAUAAAUAUUGUUGUUACUGGUAAUGAUAAACUUGGUAAUGUACAAUUUUGACUUGCCUAAAGUGUGAGUUAUAAGUGAUAUUGUUUAUUGUUUAGACAACCAAUGUUUAUUAUAUUAAUAUUAUAGUACUUAGUAUUUUGAAAACUUGAAAGUUAUGUUUAAUUUAUAAAUAUGAUACAGUAGAAUAUUGAUGAUCCAAAUCCUGUUCAUCAGCCAUUUUGUAUGGCUUAUGGCAGCAUGUAAACAUUUUAUGUGAUAAACCCCUCUUGUGUGUUAUAUGUAUCCAGUAAAUACAUAAUUGUUGACAUUGUGGUGGCCUGCGUCUAUAGCACCAUAUCACUCUUGCUAGCAAUUUUUAUUUGCUGUAGUUAUUACUAUGCAGUGCUCUUAACUCGACAAACAAGUGUAUUAACUCUGUGGGCUGAUAGCUUUCAUUACUUGAGCAUGCACGUUGGGGCUUGGUAUCUGGCAGUUGCCUAUUAUUUAUAGAAAUCUGUAUCCAACAGCCAAUGAAAUUUUCUUGAUUUUGCUAUUGUUUCUCUCUGUGCAUGUUACAGGCUUCAAGUAUGUACAAAAAAUAAAGUACUGAGUGGAAACUUGAACUAAACUGAAAAGUCUGUUUGAAAUUUGGAGAAAAUUUCUUCCCUGUAAAGAGUGGCUCGCAGACUUUCUUCAUUUUUUUUAGCAUGUUAAUUAAAACACACCUUUUUUAUAUGAAACUCAUUAUGCAUAACAUUGUGUGAGUUUGCCCGUAAUUGAAGAAUAGUGAUAGGUCAGAAUACGUACUUGAUGCCUAUUCGAGGACUAAACUUCUUAACAUUCCUUAUACAAGAAAUAGUUUGUAAGAUAAGAGUUAGGGUGUUAUGAACAGUACAGACUCUCUGAAAAUAUCUGCCUCACUGUAGAUUGGUUUGUUAGCUUAUUGAUGUGGUCCUGAUGUAUUGAAAGUGAAAAGUGUAAGAGUUGCCAAUUUCUGUUCAACUGUUUGAAAAAUUAUGGUACUUGCAGUGAAGUGACAUUUUUAUGUUACUAUCGUCUCUUUAACUUGAUGCACACAGCAUUUACUAUUUUGUAAUUAAUGUUGAACAUGAGCAUGAGUGUAUUAAAGAUGAAAAUUCAUCCAUGCAGUUUUUGGUGUCUGAUGAAAGUUAUUCAAGGCACCUCAUGUGAAGAUAUUGUGAAGCAAUAUAGUAGUCCUACCCAUGUAAAAAUCGAUCAUUUUAUAGUUAAGUGUUUUUGAGGGUUUCCUGUAAUAAUGAGUGGUCCAGAAUUUUGGAUGGAUUAAUUAGUCAUGCUCAUGACAAGUUUGAAUGUCAAGAUUGUAUGGAUUAUACAGUGUUACGAUGAAUGAUAACUGGGUUUGCUUUAUCACAGUGCUUGUUGUUGACUGAAAUUAAUGCCUAAAUUUAAAUGUAACCAAGUUAAUGUCAUCAUAUAUUAAAGCAACUAGCUAUCUUCCACAAUUCAGGCGGAUAAAAAUACAUUUACCUGUAAAAGCUUGUAGUUGAAUGGAAAUAAAAUAUUUCCAUCCGUC